AUGGCCAAAGUAUCAGCCCAGUGCGAGUACAUGACCAAUGCUUUCCCUGCUGGUCAGGUCAAACCACGUGGCAGUUUUGCCGUGGCUCUCGACGACAAAGGAGAGCACCUAAUCUUCACCAAAGAUGAACGUGAUCGGUUAUGUCUGAUCUUGAAAGGAAACGAAGGCCACAAUGAGUUGGUAGAUCUCUCUCACAAAUUGGGAUUUUCCAAGCAACAGUUGGUCCGAACCUUUGCAGUUUCACAGAAUGGCAAUGGCACUAUUCACCUGGUUAUUGCCAUACAAGAGGACGGCAAAGCUGACCAGCUUUUUGUCCUUCAACCAAUGUCGGCUAAAAGGGAGGAUUGGAUCGCAUUAUCAGGUACCAGCGCUUUCUACAAGGGUCCUCAAUGGGACAUCACUAUCAAAGAAAUCUUGCUUGGAACGAGCAACGAUGGAUCUGGACCAACCAAAUCCUACCCACAAAUCCAUCUAGUCCAUCAACAGCGGACUCUGGUAACAGAAGACAUAUGGAUUCUGAUUGUCAAUUCUGGUACACGGACCUGGGCUAACCCGCACAAAUUCGAGAUGCCUGUCAAUGCCGGUCAGAUUGUCUCCAAAUGCAUUGCCAACCUCCCAAUGUACCGUGGUAUGUUUGUGCUUUACAAGGAGAGUAAACACAUUAGCUCAAAGUUAUCCAUGCGGUUUGUGGGACUCGAUCCAGAGGAAGCAACACCUGUUCUCAAGAGCAUUGAGCAGAUCGUCCCCGCCGACGCAAAUCAGAUAGCAUCGUUUGAUAACGGUAACGGAUUUACAGAUCUGUUGAUUGGAGGAAAACAACUCUCCUGGGUAGGAGCUCAAGGUUGCGUUGAGGGAAACACAGAACCAAUCACGCUGGACACGUCGGAUGCCUACGUCGACGUCAAACAGCUCCAUGUCUCUCAAACGAAAGAAUGGUUAUCAGUAUGGUCUUUGACAGCAUCAGCCACACUUUCGUACCAGGAAUUCGACGCAAGAACGACUUUUGUUGAACCCAUGCCGAGGACUCCGCCAAUCCCGCUUUUGCUUGGGGACUCUACGAGCGAUAGAUUCGCCACAGUCCAAAGUCUGCGGCUUGGCCAAAAGCUAUUCGUCAUCAAUCGGACUGGAGGUAUGGUCAUGUUAGAACAGGACAAUCAGACUGCGUUGUGGCAUGCUCCGGUCGAGGUUCUCAUCCCAGAAAUUGACGAGAUGACUGAAUUCGAUUCCUACACCAUCAAGAUCCUGGUGCAAGAUUCGAAAACCGACGAUAACUUGGUGAAUAGUCCCUUCAAGUUGAGAUGCUCAACCACUGCGGAGAUGCUCGUCAACGGUAAAUCAAAACGGGGCAGCCCUGAGGGCGUGGAGGUCAGCACAGACGCUUCCGGAGCCAUCACAGUCAUUCUCCGUAGUGACGAGUCACUUGCUGCACCUAUCUUGACGCUUGAGGAUCUGAACUCACAAUCAAAACGCAUAACCAACGGCCCGUAUAAGAUUGACCCCAGCAACAAGCUUUUCAACAAGCUGGCGGACGUCAAAAACUCCGACGAUUUGAAAAGCUUGAAACUACCAGACGGCACGUUCCUGGUCAAGUCCGACGCAAGCAAGGACGAUCUUGAAUCAGCAUAUGGAGCUCUCAAGAGUCUUGGGGAAGCUCGAAAAUCUCUGGCUGCAGGCAAACCUAUUGAGACAACCAAACCUUUUACUGGUCAAUCAAACAUGAUGUCAGCAAGGUCUUUCUUGGGCGAUAUUGGAGACUUUUUCGGUAACGUUGGGAGGCGUGUCUGGGGUGGACUCAAAACGAUUGGCGAAAAAAUCAAACAGGGCGCUAAAUGGGCCUUCGAGAAAGUCGGCGAAGCAUGGAAGUUCGUGGUUCGCAUUGCUGGGAAAGUAUGGGAUUUCGUCGUCGAAACCGUUCAGCACGUUGUGGCUGUGGUGCAAAAGGUGCUUGAGACAAUCGUUGACGGUGUCAAGAAGGUUCUUGACUUCAUCAAGUUUCUCUUCGAAUGGGACGACAUCUUGGACGUCAAAAACAUGAUCGUCAAUCUUACCACCCAAGGGCUUCUUUGGGGCGUUGAUGCGGUCGCUUUGCUCGAGGAAAACACCAAUGAAUUCUUCGAAGAUCUCAAGACAAAGGUACGAGCAUUGAAAGGUCAGAAGCUGCCCCCCGAUAUAGGAGGACAGAGGGCCGGUAAGAAUCCAGACGCUCUUCAGAAAGCAAAAUCUGAGCAAGAUACCUCCAAAGAAGACGACGCCAUUAAUUCACCACAGGCCAGCUAUGGGAGCUACCAUUUGUCCCAUAGUGGUGGCCCACAAGAUUCCUCGAAGGGCGAUUCGCCCAUUGAUCGGAUCCUCGCUCGUGUUUCGAAUCUCGGGAAUCAGAUGGAACAAUUGAUGACCCGGCUGAUAUCGAAUUUCGGGGAUGUAUUCAAGACUAGUACACCGAGUCUUGACCAGAUCUUCGCCAAACUCGGCAUUGAUUUGCUCGAAGACCUCCUCGGGCUAAUCCAGGCUGUCAUAGCCGCAAUCCUUGGUGCAUUCAGCGAAAUAUUGCUGCUCUUCACAGAUGGUAUCAACCAACCAAUCCAGAUCCCCAUCCUGUCGGCGCUGUACAAAAAGAUCUCGCGCGGCAGCCAGAUGACAAUUUUGGACGUUGUUGCGUUGCUGCUGGCGAUACCCGCUACGAUUCUCUUCAAGAUUGUGACCGGCAAAAAGCCCAAAGACAUGGAAGGUGUAGGGUCACUGACCCAGCGAGAUGCACAUCGCGGAGAGCUCGAUCAACGUAUGGGCCGUGUUCGACAGCAGGGGAAUGCUGCGAUAUUCGAGGACAAGUCGCAAUUCCGCCCGAGAACGGUAGAGUCGACAACAACACAUGUUGUGAGUAAGAGAAUUAUGGCCAACUCGCCUAGUCCGAAGGUGUCCAGUGAGAGACGGACAGCCAUUGAAGCAAAUCAGAAGCGGUUCAUAGCUUCCAGCAGCAUCUGUGCAAACGUUUUGAAGCUUGGGAUUCCCAUCGGCGGCUUCUUGUUCUACGGUCUCUGGUCCUGGCCCAAAACCUUCGUCUCCGAAGGGACCUAUAGCUUCAAAAAGUGUCUUGUGAGCGCCGCACUCAAGUUGGUUGUUUGGCUCGGACAGUUCGCGUCCAUUGCCAAAAUCAAGAAGGAGGACAUUCUGAAUGGGACCUUCAGCUUCAAGAAGAUAUGGGAUGAAGAUCCGUGGUUUGCCAAACGCUUCGUCAUGUGGGUCAUUGGGGCCAUUCCCGUGUUUGGAGCCCUUGCGGGUAAGAAGGUAUCAUACAUACUUGGUCUCUUCUCCAACAUCGGACAGAUGCUCAUGCUCGCCAUUCUCCACAUCGAAUCGUGGGCAGCCAGCGCCGGAUACAGCGUGUACUUGGCCGUGGAGGAAUGGAUCAAGAUUGCGGGAAAGACGUGCACCAACAUUGGAGGUCUGCUGCAAGGGUCUGAUGGUUUUACCACCAAUACCGUCGCCCUGGCACUCACGACAGGUGCAACAAUGAUGACUGCAACGCGAGUGAUUCUUGAGUGGUCGGGGAAGAGAGAUAUCCUAUGUACAGGGCUGGACCUCAUCUGA